GGAAGCCAAGAUGGCGGCGCCCAGGGGUAGCCCACGUGGUUGUUCCGGGAGGAGCAGAGCGUCUCGUAGGCGGUAGCGCCCGGGCUCCAGCAACCAUGUCCGGCCGCAACAACAACAAGCUGCCCAGUAACCUGCCCCAGCUGCAGAACCUGAUCAAGCGGGACCCGCCGGCUUAUACCGAGGAGUUUCUCCAGCAGUAUCGUCACUACCAGUCCAAUGUGGAGAUUUUCAAACUCCAGCCCGAUAAGCCCAGUAAGGAGCUGGCUGAAUUGGUGAUCUUCUUGGCACAGGUUGGGCACUGCUAUCCAGAACAUCUAGUUGAUUUUCCGCAGCAGUUGAAAGAACUGCUUUCUUACAACCACAGUGUUUUGGAUGCAGAUCUUCGAAUGACAUUUUGCAAAGCUCUGAUCUUAUUAAGAAACAAGAAUCUAAUAAACCCUACAAGUUUGCUGGAACUCUUCUUUGAACUCUUGCGCUGCCAUGAUAAACUUCUACGAAAAACUUUAUAUACUCACAUUGUGACAGACAUCAAGAAUAUAAAUGCUAAACACAAGAACAAUAAAGUGAAUACAACACUGCAGAACUUCAUGUAUACUAUGUUAAGAGACAGCAACCCUACUGCAGCCAAGAUAUCUCUGGAUGUGAUGAUCGAACUAUAUAGAAGGAAUAUUUGGAAUGAUGCCAAAACAGUAAACGUUAUCACAACAGCCUGCUUUUCCAAAGUCACAAAGAUACUUGUUGCUGGUUUGAAAUUCUUCCUUGGGAAAGACGAAGAUGAGAAAAGAGAGAGUGAUUCAGAAUCUGAGGAUGAAGGGCCCACGGCCAGAGACCUCAUGGUGAGAUAUGCAACAGGAAAGAAAACCACCAAGCACAAGAAGAAGCUGGAGAAAGCCAUGAAGGUUCUGAAGAAACACAAGAAGAAGAAAAAGCCAGAGGUGUUUAACUUCUCCGCUAUUCAUUUGAUCCAUGAUCCCCAAGAUUUUGCAGAGAAACUCCUAAAGCAGCUGGAGACCUCCAAGGAACGGUUUGAAGUGAAGAUGAUGCUCAUGGACCUUAUCUCUAGACUAGUUGGAAUACACGAGCUCUUUCUCUUUAACUUCUAUCCCUUUGUGCAGCGGUUCAUGCAGCCCCAUCAGAGAGAAGUGACCAAGAUCCUUCUUUUUGCUGCACAAGCAUCUCAUCAGCUGGUGCCGCCAGAGAUCAUCCAGUCAGUAUUGAUGACCAUAGCCAACAACUUUGUCACUGACAAGAAUUCUGGGGAAGUUAUGACUGUAGGAAUGAAUGCGAUAAAAGAGAUAACUGCGAGAUGUCCUCUGGCUAUGACGGAAGACCUGCUCCAAGACCUCGCCCUGUACAAAUCUCAUAAAAACAAAAAUGUAAUGAUGUCUGCAAGAACUCUGAUACAUCUCUUCCGAUCAUUGAAUCCGCAAAUGUUACAAAAAAAAUUCAGGGGUAAACCUACUGAGGCCUCAUCCGAAGCCAGAAUCCAUGAGUAUGGAGAAUUAGAUGCCAAAGAUUAUAUUCCAGGAGCAGAAAUACUAGAGGUCGAGAACAAGGAAAAAGGAGGAGGAGAACAUGAGGAAGAUGGAUGGCAAAGUGCCAGUCUCAGUGAGGAGGAUGACGACGACGACGAAGAUGGGGAAUGGAUAGAUGUGCACCACUCCUCCGAUGAGGAGCAGCAAGAAGUAGCGGAGAAGAUCAAGGGCAUGCCUGUAGAAGAACAGAAAGCCAAAGCCGCAGCAGUUAGCACAAGCCGGGUUUUAACUCAAGAAGACUUCCAGAAAAUACGCCUGGCCCAGAUAGCCAAAGAACUCAACUCGGCACCUGGUAAAGCUGCAAAGAGGAAGAACAUUGAAAUAGACAGCGACGAGGAGCGCAGGGGAGAGUUGCUUUCGCUCAGAGAUAUUGAGCAUCUGCAUAAGAAGCCUAAAUCAGACAAGGAAACAAGACUGGCUACAGCCAUGGCUGGAAAGACGGACAGAAAAGAAUUUGUGAAAAGGAAAACGAAAAUGAAUCCGUUCGCGAGCUCCACUAACAAAGAGAAGAAAAAGCAGAAGAACUUUAUGAUGAUGAGAUACAGUCACAAUGUCAGAACAAAAAAUAAACGUUCCUUCAGGGAAAAACAGCUGGCAUUACGAGAUGCACUUUUGAAAAAGAGAAAAAGGCUGGUGAAAUAACUUAAAACAACAAAGAAGUGGACUGUUUUAUAUCCUUACUGGGGGUAGAGUAAUAACUCUGGAAACAGUUUUUAUAUUGGAAAGUACAGGAUCACCUGUACUGAAGAAUUGGAUGUCGAUUGCGUAUAACUCCGAAUGCAACUGAUGAUUGAAUAUAACUCUGCAGUUCCAAAUGAGUCUGAUUUGUACAUGUUGCUGUCAAGAGGCCUUAAUGUGCCAGAAGAUCUUGCAUUCUAGAAGCAUCUUAGGAAAGGAGGGAGUUACCUUUUAUUGAAUAUAACUUAUUUUGAGUUAACUGGUUAUGUCCCUGUAAAUAUUAACUAAAGCAAGGAGAAUUUCAUUGUUAAAUGUUUUGCCUGAAUCAUGGAAAAUGUAAGUCCUAGAUCAGUCCAUGUAAAAUAACUUUUACAUAGAUUAAAAACUUUGUGCCUUUCAUGA